CCUCCUCGCGCCCGGUGCCAUCAUACCCGCUCCUUCUGCCGCCGCGGAGCUCACCGCCAUCAGGCACCAUCGCUGGCUUCCGCAGCGACUGCAUCAUCAUCCGGCACCGCCAUGUCGCGCCGCCUGCGCCAGCCGCUGGCGCCCAUCUCGCUCGAGCACGCGGCCAACACCUCGCAUGCGCACAACGGCACAGAAGCCGCAGCGCCGCGGCCGUCAGCCUCGGCGUCCUCCUCAGGCGUCUCUCACUCGGUGCAGCGCACGCUGAGCCCUCCACGCUCGCCCAGCAAGCGGCCGGCGGCCUCGCCUCUGCUGCUCAGCGCGACGCACCGCCGGACUCGCGAGCAGCGCUCUGCCCGGCUCGAGACGCACCCGGCAUCGUCGUCGUCGCCGCGCUCGGAGAACGCUGCUUACUCGCCGCACCGUCUUCAUAUCGACACAGCGGCAGCGGGUCUGCAGCCAGGCGCGUCCUCGCAGCGCCAGUCCUCUUCAUCCCCGAGCGGACAUCGGUCAGGCCCAGACGGACUGCUCGGGUCCGGCGGGGCGCGGCGUCAAGAUGACGGCUCUCUCAGCCGCACGGCUCGCCGUGCCCAGUCGUCGCCGUCACUCGCCUCCUUGCCGCGCAAGGCGCAGCGGGUCGCGACUUGGGAGACGCGCGCGAGGGAGACGAGCCCCAGCCCGCAGCGCCCGACGCGCGAGAAGGCCCUGAAGCUGGCUGCGAGCGAGGCCAAGGUCCAGCAACCACGACACUCACACCCAGACGUCGACUGGGAGGUGCGCCCCGACACGGAGGAGGACAUCGCUGCGGCCGCUGCUCUGCCGGCACCGCUCACUCCUGACGACACGACAGGCGAGGAAGACCUCGGCGACGAGAACGUCGACCCAUGGCGCUCGUCGGCCGCAUGCGAGGCAGCAGGCAAGACUGCCGGCCGCAAGGGGACUGGUGGCCGUCUGAGCCUGGUGCUCGCUGCAGGUGCGGAUGCGCGGCCAAGCUCUUCGCCGUCGCCCUGAGCAGCCACUUCGCGUCGCCGCAAGCAAACGUGGUCGCGCGUCGCGGCGACAGGUGCCUUCGUACGCCCUCACGGGCGGAGGGACAACGCUGUCCGCAGUCCUGGUACCCCGGAUCACAUAGACCUGUCCUAAUCAUCAUACCAGUCGUACAUGGCCA